CCCGCGUCCGCCCCGGGCCCGCGCUACCCCGCGCGCCGCCAUGGAGCGCAUCGAGGGGGCGGCCGUGGGCCGCUGCGCAGCCUCGCCCUACCUGCUGCCGCUCACGCUGCACUACCGCCAGCUUCUCGUGCUCACCUGUGCUGGGUGCUGGCUCAUGCUGUGCCUGGGACGCCUUCCCACCCUUUGGCCCGGUUUUCCGCCUCACCCCUUGAGAGCAUCAGGCUGUCCUGGACUUCCCUGCCCACCCUGGCGGCUACGCCCUGCCCCACCCGCUGCAGCUCGUCGCUCCCGAGGGGCCCGGGGCCAUGACUGGCCGGAAUGGUACCCAGAAGUCAUGGGACUUCAUGAAGACCCAUGACAGUGUGACCAUUCUCAUGUUCAACUCUUCUCGAAGGAGCCUGGUGUUGGUGAAGCAGUUCAGGCCAGCUGUGUACGCUGGCGAGGUGGAGCGCCUCUUCCCGGGGUCCCUGGCCGCCGCGGACCAGGACGGGCCCCGGGAGCUGCAGCCGGCACUGCCUGGCUCGGCAGGGGUGACAUACGAGCUGUGCGCCGGCCUCGUGGACCAGCCCGGGCUCUCGCUGGAGCAGGUGGCCUGCAAGGAAGUGUGGGAGGAGUGCGGCUACCACCUGGCCCCCUCCGGCCUGCGCCGGGUCGCCACGUACAAGUCUGGUGUGGGACUGACCAGCUCCAGCCAGACCAUGUUCUACGCAGAGGUGACAGAUGCCCAGCAGGGUGGCCCAGGCGGGGGCCUGGCGGAGGAGGGCGAGCUCAUUAAGGUUGUGCACCUGCCCCUGGAUGGCGCCCAGGCCUUCGCCGAUGACCCGGAUGUUCCCAAGACCCUCGGCGUCAUCUUUGGUAUCUCGUGGUUCCUUAGCCAUGUGGCCCCUGGCCUGGGUCCCCAGUGAAGCUCCAGGCGGUCUGGACGAGCCCAGUUCUGGACACCUGCUCCGCAAACCUAAUAAAGG